AACGCCUUUUUUGAUGUCGCUGGCCUGCCAUCGGUCAUUGCCGCCCCUGCUGCUAUACCGUCCAUGCCCAUCCACGGCUUGGCCGCCCUGGAGGGCCUGGGCACCCCAGCCGCGCCCACCAUGGACGGCCUCUGGGGCGUGCGGGGCGUGGACGUCCCAGUCGCGCUCACCAGUCUUGGUGAGCUGAGCGCACUGGACCUGGACGAGGUGAUGGGCGCCCCUGUCGCGGCCACCCCUACUGCGGCCGCCAUGCAAGACCCCAUGGAAGACUCUGCCGCCGUCCCUGCGGCCGCCCGCGCCGCGGUGCACCAGGGCGGCCCCGCCGGCGUCGUGCGACCGGACCGCCAGCCGCCCUCCGGCGAGGCCCCGUGCCAGCGACGCCACUACCGGUGCACGGUGCCUCCGUGCACCGGGGAGACCGCGCUGGGAGACCUGCCGCGACACUUCCGGGACGUGUACCCACACCUGGACGCUCUUGCGGAGUCUCGGCGGCUCCGUCUUCAGCAAAACCAGGAAGGUCGUGAUCGUGCACCGACGCCACGGCCGUCGUGUGCCUGCUCCUGCCACCGCGCUCAGCGCCGCUAAACCGCCGGCAGUUGGUG